CAUGGCGGGGUUCCUUGGGCCAACGACUGUUAAACUCGUGGCUGGGUUGCAACACACCAAACACCAACACCAACGACCCCAAAGCUGAAGGUUUCUGACCAUCUCCAACUUGGAUUCUCACUCGCCCUCAAGAUAUGGAAUAACUCCAGCUCCAACCCUUCGACGCGUUGUGCCCUGCAUCCCACCGUCUGUGCCCUCCGUCUUUGCCUCACCCGCGUCCCAUCACGUACUACAACCAUGACUGCCACUUCCAUCUCCCCUCACAAGGUCGCCAGUCGCCAUGUCGUUCUGCCCGCUCCCUCUCCCGAUCCUGUUUCCAUCCGGCUGCCAGACUCACCUGAGAAGAAUAAUUUGACCUCUACCGAAAGGUCUCGUGGUCUUCGUCGACUGCAAUCCCACAAUCAGCUCUCCUCAACCAGCAGUAUGGGCACCCAGUCCUCUAAUCUGAGACCUCGGUCGGGGGUCUUGACGAAACCCUCGCGCGAGCAGCUCAGCCUCCCUCAGCCCUCGGCGACACAAUCACAUCCCACGGUUUCACACCCCGUCAGCUAUUCUCGCGCCCGCGCAAACAGCGAUGCUCCUUUACCUCAGGUGCCUCGAAACCGCAAGCCGCCGCCCACACUUCUCUCCAAUCCCUCCUCCAACCACAUUCUCACCCAUGCCCGCAAAUCCAGUCUCGAAAUGACCCUUCGUGAUGGUCCUCCGCCUGGAACCACCGCUGCCACCGCCCUCUCCUUACUCCGUCACUCUAUCCUCACCAGUGGGGUCAAUGCAACCAAAGAAGGCAUGUCCGACUAUCGAAUAUAUCUGUGGUUGACCCUUCUGAAUAUCGGACCUCUCUCGACUGAUACAUAUCUUGAUCUCAUACACCGAAGUCGCAGUCCUGCAUACGAGAAGAUUUCCAAUGAUGUCUUCCGCACUCUGGCAACAGACACACUUUUCAAGAGACGCGUUACCGAUGCAAGUUUGACCCGACUUUUGAAUGCAACCGCCUGGCGAAUACAUGAUGAGCAAUGCUCCGAUCCUCCCUCCGAGUUUGCGCAGAGAUAUCCACAAUCCACCUACCUCCAGGGCAUCAACGUGCUCUCCGCUCCGCUGUUAUACGCAUCUCGCUCGGAAGCCCAAGCCUAUGCGAUUCUGACAAGCCUAUUAACUGAGCAUAUUCCUACGUACCUCUCUCCGACUAUGUCUGGUGUGCAUAGAGGACUUGAUCUCAUUGAUAGAAUACUGUCAGAGAUAAAUCCGACCCUCUCAUCCUUCCUGCUCAGCAAGUCUCUACCGGCCAAGAUCUACGCCUUCCCUUCCGUUUUGACACUGUGUGCCUGUACGCCCCCUCUUCCAGAGGUGCUGAAACUAUGGGACUUCUUGUUCGCGUUUGGCGUGCAUCUGAACGUCAUCUGUGUUGUUGCACAGCUCCUAUUGCUGAAGGAUAAACUUCUUGGGGAGCCCAGCCCUGCUAAGAUGCUGCGAAGUUUCCCGAACCUGAACGCCGAUGAGGUGAUUAAGAUGACCGUGUGGAUCGUGAGGGAGCUGCCCGAAGACUUAUAUCGUGAUGUGGUUAUGCAUGGGCGUGAAGUUUCAUGAGAGGCAUAGGAUGGUUAAACCCAAAAUUUGGUCAUUGCCGUACUCUCUCUGCAUGAGGAAACGGCCGUGGGCAAGUGCAAAGAAUUAUAGCUCGACUGACGUUCAAUUCAGCCGUGAGUCUAGCUUUUGCGAUUUGAGUGGCACAUUGAGUGGCAGCACAAUUCGUUGCAUAUAUCCUGGAAUGGCCCGGAAAUUCGACUCGGCUUUGAGCUGACAAGGUUGAUACGGGCCGCAACUUGAUGGCUGUGCGCUUCAAGCGAAACUUGAUCCGACCAGGACACGACAAAUGGCACCAAUGCCGUUGACGACUUACCGCGUUAAGCUGACGAGCCCUUGAGGUUUUCGAGAGCAUAGGACCGUAACACUCAACGUGGCUCGUACUCGAGCGGGAGCCCUUGGAGAGGCUGGAUUAUAUCCUGCCUCGCGUCCGGCUCGGUUUAAACAAAGCUCGAAUCGAGAUCAGUUCUUGGUUCGUUGGCAGGAAAUCACGCCUGCCGUUUUUAUAUUGGGAGUAUAUGCGAUUACGAAUGGGAAACAAUGUACCAACAACCUGACGAUGGAAAUGAAUGACCAGAGAGGCAUGAAGUGCUCUGGAUUGUAGGAAUGACUUUCUCGGGAACAAGGUUGAGGGAGCAGCCAAAAUGUGUGACAGACAGUCAAUCAAUAGAUAUGCAUUGCUCAGGGGGACAACACCAGAAAAGCUCCUGUUCCGUACCGUCUGCAAUUCCAUCCACCCACCCUAGGCUAGUAUGCGGAGAUCCGUCC